CCCGUACGGCCCCUCAGAGCCGGGGCGGCGGCGGCGGCGAAGAUGGCGGCGGCGGACGGCGACGAUUCGCUUUACCCGAUCGCAGUGCUCAUCGAUGAGCUUCGCAACGAGGACGUGCAGCUGCGCCUCAACAGCAUCAAGAAGCUCUCGACCAUCGCGCUGGCGCUGGGCGUGGAGCGAACCCGCAGCGAACUCCUCCCUUUCCUUACCGACACCAUUUACGAUGAGGACGAGGUGCUGCUGGCCCUGGCUGAACAGCUCGGCACCUUCACUGCCCUCGUAGGGGGACCCGAGUUCGUGCACUGCCUUCUGCCUCCCCUGGAGAGCCUGGCCACCGUGGAGGAGACGGUGGUCCGGGACAAAGCCGUGGAGUCCCUGCGGGCCGUGUCCCACGAGCACUCGCCCCCGGACCUCGAGGGCCACUUCGUGCCGCUGGUCAAACGCCUGGCGGGCGGCGACUGGUUCACGUCACGCACGUCGGCCUGCGGCCUCUUCAGCGUCUGCUACCCGCGGGUGUCCAGCCCUGUGAAGGCUGAGCUGCGCCAGUACUUCCGGAACCUGUGCUCGGACGACACGCCCAUGGUGCGGCGCGCGGCCGCCUCCAAGCUGGGCGAGUUCGCCAAGGUGCUGGAGCUGGAGCACGUCAAGAGCGAGAUCAUCCCCAUGUUCUCCAACCUGGCCUCGGACGAGCAGGACUCGGUGCGGCUGCUGGCGGUCGAGGCGUGCGUGAGCAUCGCGCAGCUGCUGCCGCAGGAGGAGCUCGAGGGGCUGGUGAUGCCCACGCUGCGCCAGGCGGCCGAGGACAAGUCCUGGAGGGUGCGCUACAUGGUGGCCGACAAGUUCACCGAGCUCCAGCGCGCCGUGGGCCCCGAGAUCACCAAGACCGACCUGGUGGGCGCCUUCCAGAGCCUCAUGAAGGACUGCGAGGCCGAGGUGCGCGCGGCCGCCUCGCACAAGGUCAAAGGUCAGUGGCUACCAACCUUGCCCUCCCAGUGCCCCGAGGUGCGGCUGAACAUCAUUUCCAACCUGGACUGCGUGAACGAGGUGAUCGGCAUCCGGCAGCUGUCGCAGUCGCUGCUCCCCGCCAUCGUGGAGCUGGCCGAGGACGCCAAGUGGCGAGUGAGGCUGGCCAUCAUCGAGUACAUGCCGCUGCUGGCCGGCCAGCUGGGCGUGGAGUUCUUCGAUGAGAAGCUGAACUCGCUCUGCAUGGNCUGGUUCAUACUGGUGUCUCCCCCCCCUGCAGUGUACGCCAUCCGCGAGGCUGCCACCAGUAACCUGCGCAAGCUGGUGGAGCGCUUCGGGCACACCUGGGCCCAGGGCACCAUCGUGCCCAAGGUGCUCGCCAUGGCCUCCGACCCCAACUACCUGCACCGCAUGACCACGCUCUUCUGCAUCAACGUGUUGUCGGAGGUGUGUGGCCAGGAGGUCACCACCCAGCAGAUGUUGCCCACCGUGCUGCGCAUGGCGGCCGACGCCGUGGCCAACGUUCGCUUCAACGUGGCCAAAUCCCUGCAGCGCAUCGGGCCCAUCCUGGACAGCGGGACGCUGCAGACCGAGGUGAAGCCGGUGCUGGAGAAGCUGACGCAGGACCAGGACGUCGACGUCAAAUAUUUCGCACAGGAGGCACUGACAGGUGAGACACACCUGGGGACACACUCCUUCGUGUUCCGGCCGCAGCCGCCGGAGCUGCGGGAAAGGGGCGGGGCCCAGACCGGGGGCAUCGAUCUCUUCGUCACCCAGGAGCGCGUGCUCUUCCUGGACACGCAGCCCAUCCUCAGCCCCGCCCACCUCGAUCACCUGAUCAACAACGACCGGAAGCUGCCGCCGGAAUUCGCGCUGCCCCACGCCUACGUGGAGACGCAGUCCCUGCAGAUCGCGGCGUUCCUGUUCACCGUGUGCCACGUGGUGCUGCUGGUGCAGGAUUGGUUCACGGACCUGGGGCUCUACAGGUGGGGACGGAGUGACCUCAAAACUGACCCCAAAGUGACCCCAGAACUGACCCCAAAGUGACCCGAGAGUGACCCCAAAGUGACCCCAAAACUGACCCCAAAGCGACCCAAAACUGACCCCAAAGUGACCCUAAAGUGACACCGAAACUGACCUGAGAGUGACCCCAAAGUGACCUCAAAGUGACCCCAAAGUGACCUCAAAGUGACCCCAAAACUGAUCCCAAAAUGACCUGAGAGUGAC